AUGUCGUACGAUAAAAUGAUUAUUGAUUGCGGGAGGAUAGUUACGGUAAGGGCGAUCAAUAACGAGGCCAGUACAGGUGCAGCUGGGAGCAUGGCAGGCGCUUUACUUCGAAGUCUCCACAACUUGGAAACAUCAAUGAACGAACCUACUGCCAAAUGGACCGUCCCUAUGAACCAUGGAAAUCAUGUGGUGGAGUUUGAGCAUGGGACAGCGACAGGCAAGCGUGUUGUGAAGGUUGAUGGCAAAGAAAUUGUUCACCGGGAUUGGAUGUUUCGUCUCGUCGGUGACGAAGUCUUCAUGUUCAACAACACUAAGUUCGUAAUCAGAGUCGAUCCAAUGCCAGGUCUGAAAUAUUCCUACUCGUUAUGGGUGAACGGGAAGAGUUACAAGCAGUUUAUCCAGUCGCAAUCCAAAAUACUGGAGACCUGGUUGGCUAAAGUUGGAAAUGACGAAUAUAGAAUUGUACUGGACAAACAAGCACAUAGUGUUUGGGUGAACGGACAAGAGGUGGAAGUUGAGAACGAAUUUAUGGAUGGCGGUGCGGAAAUUCUCUUCUCCAUUAGCGACUUACCGGCCGCAAUUAGAUCCUACAGUUCAGAACAAAAGGAAAUCGGUAUAGCAUACGUUUUAUAUGUAAAUGAUAUGGAAAUAGAGCAAGAAGCUCUGUUGGCGGAAUCCUAGCUGAAACAUGUCAAUUUGUCUAUCUAGAUUUUUAUACCUACACAUUAAAUAACAACGCAAUAUUGUAAAUUAUAAAUUAUACAUGUCAUUGAAUGUGAUUGCACAAGAGUGAAAUAUAUUUUUCAGAAAUGCUAUUUUGUCACAAAAUGUUUAGAUUUAAUCAAUGAUAAUGUACCACGUAUGUCUUGUACACUAAAAUGUAAUAAAAUCAUCAAAAAUCUGCUAGUUUCGAA